GUAUAUACACAAUUGGUUCUUGUAUUUGCAUAAAAAGACUUGCCAAAAUAUUGUACAAACUAAGAUAAAUUUUCGAUCAUUAUUAGUGAAAUUUAAGUUCCAGUUCCUAUUAUAAAGAAACGAGCUUGACAUAACGAUAAUUCCUAUAAACCCAUUGUGGUGGCGUCAGCACGGAUUGUGACUCACUUCCUAAAUUUCGCGAACCUAAACAGAGAAAAAAUCGCAACCACUUGCUAAGUCAUCAGUUUGACGUAAACACCCGUACUUAAUAAUCACGUAAUGGCUGCAGUCGGAGAAAAUGAACCGCGCACAGAGUUGCAAGAGUUGCAGCUUAAGUCUGCCCAAGUGGCCGAUGAAUCUUUAGAAAGUACUCGUCGUAUGCUCAGUUUGAUGGAUGAAUCCAAAGAGGCUGGCAUACGCACUCUGGUCGCCCUAGAUGAUCAGGGCGAGCAGCUCGAUCGUAUCGAGGAGGGCAUGGAUCGCAUCAAUGCUGACAUGCGAGAAGCCGAAAAGAAUCUCAGUGGCAUGGAGAAAUGCUGCGGCAUCUGCGUGUUGCCCUGGAAGAAAGUCAACAUUAAGGAUGACAGCGACAGUGCCUGGAAAGCCAACGACGAUGGCAAGGUUGUCGCUAGCCAGCCGCAGCGUGUCAUAGACGAACGGGAACGUGGCGGCAUGGGAGCACCUCCCCAAUCCGGGUAUAUAGCACGCAUAACCAACGAUGCACGCGAAGAUGAAAUGGAUGAGAAUUUGGGACAAGUCAACUCAAUGCUUGGCAAUUUGCGCAACAUGGCCUUGGACAUGGGAUCAGAGUUAGAGAACCAGAACAAACAAAUCGAUCGCAUCAAUGCCAAAGGCGAUGCAAACAACAUACGCAUGGAUGGUGUUAAUAAGCGCGCAAACAAUUUGCUCAAGAGUUAAACGAAGAAAUUCUCAACACUUGAAACGAUGAUGAUAUAUGAUAACCUAAUCAGAAGCUUCUUCUCAUGCUCCUACUCCGCUCUUCACUUACGUGGUACAACUUACUAUCUCACAGAAACAUUCACAACCAACAGCAAGAGAAUCAACAACAACAACAGCAACAAUAAGGAACAAAUGUUGUGGGCACAAAUUUAGAAGCAGCAGCAACAAUUUUAAUUUAUAUAUUUGCUGCUGCUGCAAUAUCUAAUUUUAUAUAUAUAUAUAUAUAUAUAUACGUAUACGCUUGCUAAAGCAAAUAUGGAAAAUAUCAACUAAUGCGACUAACCCAUCUAUACAAUAAUAUGAUUAUAUAGCUAUUUGUAUACCUAUUGUCUAAUAAGCACGCGUUUACUCGCAACCAGAAGUGAAAAACACAAAUUUUAUAAUGAGAUUUUCGUAUAAAUUUAUUUACAUUUUUUUGGUACAAACUUUUUGAGGCAUUUUCCGACCUUUACGAUGAAUCAAACUAGACCACUUUAUGACAAAAAAUAUAUGUAUUUACAAUUUGUGCGGCCCGAAGUGAUGAAGGCAUUUAUUCAAGGAGUCAACGGAACCGAAUGGAACGCGAACGCCUGGUUGAGAAUUAUUAAAUAUUUAAGAGUAGUGUCAUAUUCGUAGCCAAUUUAUGUGCAUUCUUUGUGUACGCCACUUUGUUAAUACUAUACAAAAUACAGUAUAAAUAUAUGUA